CACUGGAAGGCAGCACCAGUCCAUCUUCCCAUCAGCAGUCCGGUCAACAACAUUCUCCAGGAGGAACCACCGCAAACUUCACCGACUCCCGCUCUUCAAAACACCGACAUGGAUGCCCUCAAGUCGGCUGGGAGAGCAAUUAUCCGGAGCCCAAGUAUGGCGAAACAGUCGUGGACUGCCGGCAGACACAGAAAGCUUCCAGAGAACUGGACUGACACACGGGAGACAAUCUUGGAGGGUAUGACCUUUAACCUUCGUCACCUCGGCAUGACACUAGUGGACCAGCCCAAAGGAGAGGAGCUGUCAGCAGCUGCUGUAAAGAGGAUUGUUGCCACGGCUAAAGCCAGUGGCAAGAAGCCUCAGAAAGUUGCUCUCAAGGUUUCUCCUCAGGGAAUCAUUCUGUGUGACAGCUCGACCAAUAAACUCCUGGAAAAUGUCUCCAUAUACAGAAUAUCCUACUGCACUGUGGACAAACUGCAUGAUAAAGUGUUUGCUUAUAUCGCUCAAAAUACCCUCAAUGGGACCCUGGAGUGCCAUGCCUACCUCUGCUCCAAGAGGAAAGUGGCUCAGGCAGUAGCCUUGACAGUAGCCCAGGCCUUCACAGUAGCAUUUGAGCUCUGGCAAGUAGCCAAAGAAGAGAAAGGGAAGAGAGUGAAGUCUGGCUCCGCUGGAGAGGCCAGCAGCAGUUCCCACUCAGAGAGAUCGAACAGCAUUGGGAGUCUGAAAGGAACAGAUGUUGCCACAGACAACCUUUUGGAUUUUGAGGACGGUGUGAAUGUGGUGGUGGAGACCAACGGAAAUGUAGAAGAGGAUCAGCUGGAUAACCACAGGCCCUCUGAGACCAAUAACAAUGCUGCCUGGGAAAUAGAAGAUGGUUUGGAUGAAGCCUUCUCAAGCUGUGCUCUGGAUAGCUAUGGUUCAUUUCCAGACUGGCAGUGUCGCGUACUAACCCCCAGGUCCUGGACAUUGGGGUGACGCCCCAAGACUGGCUCACCGAACCCGACUGCGACAGCGCCAAUGGAAACACUCCUAACGGUCUGAGUCCGUUUGGGGACGAUAUCUUUGGCUUCUGACCACCACUGCACAGAGGGGAGAGAGACAACAACUAGAAGGAGGAAGAGCCGUCUUCCUACGAUUUAACAUGAUAUCCGUGUAUAUUUCAAAUGAGGCUACAGUAAGUCCACAAGGGAACAAGUGUAGAACUGUGAGGUGAAGUGUGGCCUCUUCACCUUGUUGUUGCACUCUUCACAUGAACCGUUCUUCCCUUCUCUGUGGAACCAGCACAGGCUGCUGCUCCUGCGCACCAAAGCAAUAAUAACAUCCUUUAAUGUUACUACAUCUCUUCUGUUAUUACGCUGCCAAUAUUAGUGCUAACUUAUGUUCACCAAGUCAUCUUCUGUCAGCAUGUGUUUUUCUUUUGUUUACUUAAAUUCUUCUGUUUCUGUAGUUUGGGCAUUAUAAUCAGUGCUUUGUAUAUGUUUAGUUGUAAUUUAUAGUUUUAUAAUUUUUUUUUUAUGGAUUAGGUAGGACAUAAUUGUACAGACUGUAUCAACAGGCCUUAAUAACAGCAGGACAAUCAGCUAUGCUAUACCGUCAAAUUACAAAAUAAAAUCCUUAAGUACAACACGAGUGCAUUUAGUCUAGUGAGGAUUUGGCCUUUAUCUGUCUUGGAUGCAAACUGAAGAUUGUUUUCUGUCUAUAAUCUGAAAAUCAGCAUACUUGCUCUAUUUAUAUGAAAUCUUCCAGUGGCUCCUUCAAGAAUUAAUGUUACAGGCAUUACUUUUUCACUGCAGCAGUGUAACGUUCUCUUGACAUGAAUCCCAGAUGUGUUCACAUCCCACUGCGGCCCUUUCACUGUACACUAUAAUCUACCAGCAUUGUAAAGAAUUAAAAUAUAUUCAUGGAUACAAAGUAGUCUUGGUAUAUUUAUGUACUUCACUUAGAUUACAAUGGAUGGUAUCACACAAUGAUUAUGUAGAAUAAAAAGAGCAAACAUUUUGUGGGAACUUAAUUCGGCCUUGAUAUUCCAUUUAGUAGUUGUUCUGGAUUCUCUUAUCAUUUCCAAGGUCCAGAAUUAACUUGACUUUGCAGAAUUGUUUGACAGUUUGGAAAAUAUACACAUUACAUAGAACUUCAAUGUUUGUACAAAUAAUUUAAGGCUGUCAUUACUGUUAAAAAUGAUCUUGAAAAUGGCAGUGUACCAAUGACAAAAAUACAGAUUCCGAAAACCAGGGUUUCAUAUAAAACAAACCUUAAGAACCAAUCCUGUUAGCUUACAGGGUGGAAGUUUCUGUAUAAUUGCUGGGACUUAACAAAUAUGUUUGAUGAAAGCAACAGUGUAGAGUUACAGCUAAGUCAUUUUAAGAAAGCAUUGGAUAAUUUUCAUACAAAAAGAACCUCUAAACAUGCAACUUUGAUACAAAGGGAAACAUUUUUCAGGGUUUUGUCAGUGGAGAGGGUCUUUGACAUUUGCAAUUAGGGAUGUCCUGAUCAAGGGUUUUACUCUUGAUACAGUCUGAGCAAUCUGAUGUUUAAUAUCUGCCAAUUCCCAGCCCCAUUUUUCUGGCUAAUACUCUUCAAGUGUUAUAGAUAGGCUGUGGUACAGCCCCCAGGUUUAGGUUUGUACAGACAUGAUCUCAACUAUAGGCUCAGGACAACCCUAUUGGUAAUAUACACACUGAUCAGGCAUAACAUUAUGACCACCUACCUAAUAUUGUGUUGGUCCCCUUUGUGCUGCUAAAACUCCUCUGACCCAGGACCUCAGGGGAUGUCCUGUGGGUUGCAGGGUGGGAACUACCUAGAUCAGGCUUAUCCUGGGACAUCCCACAGGUUGGAAUUGUUGUUUGACCUGCAAUGUUUAAGUGGGUGGCACAUGUCAAACAUCCACAUUAAUGUCAGGACUCAAGGUUUCCCAGCAGAACAUUACAUUAUGACAAGGUGAUCGAUGUUAUUCACUUCACCUGUCAGCGGUCUUAAUGUCGUGGCUGACCGGUGUAUUACAGUAUACAUCUUUGAACCAGUAGAUGAAGGAGGUCUUAGGUGUUACAGUUGAACUCUCUCUUUCUGUCCUCUGUGCACAGAACUCACUGGAAGAGUGUUAUAUGAGCUGCUUUGUUUCAUAUUUAUAGAACUAAGGCUGCGUACGAACAGCAAACAAUAACAGCUAGUGGACUAUAAAGAAGAUAUUCCCUGAAGUUGACGUAAACUGUAUUGGAUUAGAAUCUCAGACUUUAAUGUUACUGCCUAUGCUCACGGGUUGCACUUGUUUUAAACUUAUUAUGACUUUCUAGUGUCUGAAUGGGCUUAGAUCAACUUCUUAAAGUUCAUGAUUAUAUUUAUUUGCUCGUUUCUGAAUGAGUCCUCACUUUUGCUUGUCCCCAUAUUUGUACAGACAGUGUGCUGUUCUUGGAUAAAAAGAGGGUGCGGCUUGUUUGUCCCAGCAGCAGGGGGCAGCGCUGUCCUAGCCAGUGAAGUGAAGCCCACACAGAUGACUGCUAUUUGAGGCUUAAGCUGUAUGUAAUGCUGGUCACAUCUUCAGCUCUGGACCAAGACAGUCAUUUGUAGUCUCCACUGCUGCACAAUGAUGUUAUAACUUGUCUAAUUCUUUCUAAUAAGUGUCCUCUGUUGUCCCAAAUUCAAAGUGACAGUGUAGGUCAAUAAAUGCAACUUUAUUAGCUCUGAGAGAGGUCGUCAUAAGGAGGAGAGGAUGCUUUGUGUCAGACUGAUCUAUAAACCACCAGCAAGAGGACAUGAUGGCAGGGGAGGAGGACACUGGGCCUCAGCCUGUCUGGCUUCCUCAUCACACACACACACAAACACACACAUGGACACACACACGUUCCCUGCCACGUUCUGUAUUCGACCCAUGUGUGUGAACAGGACUCUGGAGGGCUGAAAGUCACGCGGUCUCGCCUCAUUCUCUAACGGGCUGUGGCUCAGUGAAGCAGGGGCUUUUUUACAAUUCGUCCCGACAAGCUUACUUAACCACCUGCAUUAUUUAACAGUCUUUCCUCAAAGGGAGCACCAAGUCUCUGUCUCCACUCUCUGUAAGUUUGAUGAAAGCAUGCAGAGGGAAGAGAGCCAGGCAAAAGUCUCUUCUCUGUCAGAAAAGGGACCGAUACUGUAGGCGUAGACACACUUAAAAGGCAAUAAGGGCUAAAGACUCAGUGAGUGUUUGGGCAUCAAGGUCAAGUGAUGGCAGAUGGAUAAAAGCAGCCGAAUAUGAAAUAUAUUUACAGAAAACUGCAGGCUGAUUUUAAAUUAGCUGAUCUGGCUUUUUGUGUUUGUGUAUUUUUAUUGAUGCAUUAAAGUGAAUAUUAAAUUUCUGGCAACACCA